AGUUUUCCAGGAGUUUUCCCGGAGUUUUCCCGGGCCCAUCCAGGGAAUCGCCUUUUCCCGCCGGCGGCCCCCUUUCCCGCCGCCCCAUCAUGGAGCCGCCCCCGGCCCCCAAGAGCAAACUGAAAAAGCUCAGUGAAGACAGCUUAACUAAGCAGCCUGAAGAAGUCUUUGAUGUCCUAGAGAAACUUGGUGAAGGGUCUUAUGGCAGUGUGUUUAAAGCAAUACAUAAGGAAUCUGGUCAAGUUGUGGCAAUUAAGCAAGUCCCUGUUGAAUCAGAUCUUCAGGAAAUCAUCAAAGAAAUUUCCAUAAUGCAGCAGUGUGACAGCCCUUAUGUAGUUAAGUAUUAUGGCAGCUAUUUUAAGAACACAGACCUCUGGAUCGUCAUGGAGUACUGUGGAGCUGGCUCCGUCUCAGACAUAAUUAGAUUAAGGAACAAGACGCUCACAGAAGAUGAAAUUGCAACCAUUCUUAAGUCUACUUUGAAAGGACUUGAAUAUCUGCACUUCAUGAGAAAAAUACACAGAGACAUCAAGGCUGGAAACAUCCUCCUCAAUACAGAAGGACAUGCAAAAUUAGCAGAUUUUGGAGUGGCUGGCCAAUUAACAGAUACAAUGGCAAAACGCAAUACUGUGAUAGGAACACCAUUUUGGAUGGCUCCUGAAGUAAUCCAAGAAAUAGGUUAUAACUGCGUGGCAGACAUCUGGUCCCUUGGUAUCACAUCGAUAGAAAUGGCUGAAGGGAAACCUCCAUAUGCUGAUAUACAUCCCAUGAGGGCUAUUUUUAUGAUUCCCACAAAUCCACCACCAACAUUCCGGAAGCCAGAACUUUGGUCUGAUGAGUUCACUGAUUUUGUCAAGAAGUGCUUAGUAAAGAAUCCUGAGCAGAGAGCUACUGCAACACAACUUUUACAGCAUCCUUUUAUCAAGAAUGCCAAGCCAGUAUCAAUUUUAAGAGACCUGAUCACAGAAGCAAUGGAAAUCAAGGCUAAGAGACACGAAGAACAACAGCGAGAACUGGAAGAGGAAGAUGAAAAUUCGGAUGAAGAUGAGUUGGAUUCCCAUACCAUGGUGAAGACAAAUUCAGAAAGUGCAGGCACAAUGAGGGCAACGAGCACAUUGAGUGAGGGGGCACAAACCAUGAUUGAACAUAAUAGCACCAUGUUGGAAUCAGACUUGGGGACCAUGGUGAUAAACAGCGAGGAUGAGGAAGAAGAAGAUGGAACUAUGAAAAGAAAUGCAACUUCACCACAAGUGCAACGGCCAUCUUUCAUGGACUACUUUGAUAAACAGGAUUUCAAGAACAAAAGCCAUGAAAACUGCAACCAGAAUAUUCAUGAGCCAUUCCCCAUAUCCAAGAAUGUUUUUCCUGAUAACUGGAAAGUUCCUCAAGAUGGAGAUUUUGACUUUCUGAAAAAUCUAAGUUUAGAAGAGCUGCAGAUGAGAUUAAAAGCAUUGGACCCUAUGAUGGAAAGAGAAAUCGAAGAGCUUCGGCAAAGAUACACUGCAAAAAGACAACCAAUUCUGGACGCAAUGGAUGCGAAGAAACGAAGGCAACAAAACUUUUAAGUUCAUUCCGCUCACGCAGUAUGUUAAGUUCGGACACCAGUAAACCAUUACGUAUUGAAGAAAUUUUAUUACUUUGCUUUUAAUUCCUAAAAUCUGUUCUCCACAUUUUGUGCUUCAUAUUUGGGUAAAAGUGAAACCCAGUGUGAAGUACCCAUUCUACAGGUACAGUGGAAUGCUUUUAAAGUCUCCAGUGCAGAUACUGCACUCUUAGCUUUGAAUUAAAAGAGCAAUAUAUCUUUAAAAUAUUCCUUUUUGAGCUCACCAGCUCCCUAGAAGCAAUAAUUUGUACGUGUUGUACAGUGAAAGUCGUAUUUAUGGCUCCUUAGAGAUCCAAAGCCUUUCUUAAUUGUGCAACAUUACAGGGCUUUAUUUUACAAUCUGCUUUCCUCCAAUGUAAUGGUCUAUUUAUUAUAUCCCCUGAAGUGAAAUUUAUUUAUUUAUACCAAUGUUUGUUGUUUUAAGGGGAAUAUUGGGAUUGUUUGGGUGAAGAUUAACAGCUGAUACUAUUAAAUUAACCUGAAAAUUGGAAAAGGUGACUCAGUCACUCCUGAACCCUUUUCUUAAAUUUGUACCAUACAAGACAAGCAAUAAUUCAAGCUGCACUAGUGUGAUUCUUCCUGGCAAACUGCCAGAUACUUUUUAUACUCAAGUGAUAACUCUGCUUUUACCAUUUGAAUUUUUUGGCCAAAUGGCUUUUUUUUUCUUUCUCCCCACUUGUGUGUUCUGCUUUUUUAGUUUUCAAAUGUUUGGUACACCUUGAGCUAUGGAUAUUAAGGUCAAAUAGAUUAUAAUUUGAAAACCAAAGAAAAUAUUGGAAAGACUGUUCAGAUAAGUCUGUGGUGAAUCCUAAAGAAAAAAGAAACCUGUAGAACUCUUAAAAUGCUGAUCUUGUUUCAUUUUCUGUCCCAUUUUUGUGUCCAGGAGCUGAAGUGCAUCACAUUUCAGUACAGCUGAUCAGAUUCAUCCUUUUAGAGAAUAUGACGAUAUGGUCAUCUAAGGGCAUUUUCUUUGUCGUUCAGGGUUUUUUUUUGGAAAUUGGUGAGCCCUGUGUGCCUGAUAAUACAGAAGCAAAAUGACAGUUUAUUCUGAACUGUGCAUAGACCCUCUAGGGACUGCAGGCUAUUAACAUAAGCAAGUAGAAACUCAGUUCCAAAUAGAAUGAGAUUUUAUGGGACUGAACUGGGACCAGUUGUUUUCCUGAGUUGCAUUUGACCAUCUUGUCAGUGUUUGUUACUUCCAUGUUCCAACGUGUACAUCAUAAAGACAAAUAAAUUUUAUUGUACUAGCUAGAAA